GUGUUUUAAGAUGUAAGUUUGGAAUAUCUAAUACUUUUAUAAAGAUGAAUUCGGAUGUUCCUAUGAAAGAAGCUCAACAAAGUGAUUACAAACGAGAUUGGCUUCAUUCUUUACCUUCACCUAAUUAUGACGUUAAAAAGUUGCACUCUGAGGAUCUAAGUGAACAAGUUAGUUUGAAAAAUGACUCAUCCGACUUAUUCAUUGUUUGGGAUACCAAUGUUUUGCUUUCACACUUGUCCUUAAUUGUAAAGUUAAAGGCUUCACUUUUUGUUCCCAAGAAAAACUCAAAAACCCUUUUAAUUAUUCCAUGGAUAGUUUUAACAGAAUUAGAUAAACUUAAAUCUUCACGUAAAGAGGACGUUGCCGUUCAGGCGAGGAUGGCCACUCGUACCUUGCUUCAGUGGUUUCAAGUUAAAGAUCCUUUAGUAAGGGGUCAAACUAUUUAUGAAACAGAACAAUUGGUUGACUGCACGGUUGAGAGUGCCGAUGAUCGCAUUCUUCAGUGUUGUCUUUAUUUUUUGAAAAAGAAAUCAUUUCAAAGCUCAAAUAAAGCCAACAGUGUUGUUGCUGUACCAGAAACUGUAAUUCUUGUGACCAACGAUAGAAACUUGAGCGUGAAGGCCUUGGUUCAUGGGAUCCAAGUUUGCGAUGUUGAGACCCUGCCAACUCUGUUAAAAACUUUGAGAGGCAUCAACUUAGAGCCGUCUUGCAUUGAAGUAGGAGCGCCCAUUUCUAAACUGGAGGUAUCACCACCUUUUGAGCGCAGCGACCCCUCUUUUUUGCUUUCUGAGUGCUGGAGUUGCUUUUCUUCUUAUACCCUCGAAACUGCUCUAUUAAAGCAAAUAGACAGCCAAAAAAUUUUAAAGUCGGGCUCUUUUUGGACUUCGACAACUUUUAGAACGGCGGAAAAACUUUUUAGUGGUAAAGGUUCGCUCGAUGCUGACAGUCUUUCAUUUCUGAAGGACAUCAAAGUUAUUGAGACGCGCACCUUCCUUUUAGCCAAAAACGCGCUUGAUGCCUUAGCAAAGAGCCCGCUGUCACACUGCGAAACGGUUCAGUGCAUGGAAAAUAUUUUGAAGGCCGUCAAGUCGUUUCCUCAACACGAUAAAAAGAAGCGAGUCGCCAUCUCCUCAAUAAAUCAAUUGAAAACUCUUCUCUAUAACGCCCUUAGAUCACGUGUUCGACCCACCCCCAAAAAAAAUUCUCUUCUGUCCUCUCCCAAUGGGGUCUCUUCUGAACCGCACACAAUCAGGGUCCCGUUGGAGCAAGUCCUCCAGGUGUUGCGUUGGUGCUCCUUCUGUGUCUCGGUUGCCAGUGGAAGCUGCGAAGAGCUGGAAGCGACCGCGGAUGUCACUUCCGAGCUACAGAAGGCCGCUGAGAGCGCCAGCACUCUUUUUCCUGAUAAUCUCAGACUCCAGUAUUUACUGAGAAGCGUCGCCUUUAACGAGCGCAUGUUGUUAUCGACGGAGUCCUUCACGCUAUCCUUCCUGUUUUCUCUCAUAAGUAAGUGUCAGACUAUCAUCGAGUUACUUCCAGUCGAUACUAUGACGCGGAAUUGCGCGUGGUCUUCUAUGGAGCACCUAAAAGAUUCUUUUGCUGAGAAAAUUAAAAAAAUUGAUGUUGACGAAGUAGAAAGUGAUACUAAUGGAGAUUAUAAAAGUAGUAAUAAAGAACUGGAGAUGAUGGAAAUUGUACACGAAGAUAUUAAAUUAUGUGCAAAUGCGAGUUUUGAGGUUGCUGAGCGCGACUUUUUGUGCCUCAAGUCCAGUUUGAUAUUAAUUGACUUUACUCCCGAAUCCCUUCUGCGGCACUUAAAAUUAGUUGCCGGUGCGUAUAUUACGAAACUUAAUUCUUUGGAUUCUUCUUUUCUACUCUUCUGGAGGCCCGCUUUUCAGCAUCUUUUAGAACUUUUAAGUAUAAUUGUAGAAACACUUCGACCUUUACACCAACUGCCUCCUGUUUUCGAAUACUCCGACUCCUCCAGACUGGUCACGGCUUUUUCGCAACUUAUGACGACGUUUUCUGUGGUUUCGAGUGAGCCUUCAUCUCUGCAGGACAACUCUCUUGAAAAUAUUACUCGCCUUAUGCUAUUUUGCUUUCGUCAAGAUGUCAACACCGCUAAGAACUUAUCCGCAUUUUGCUCUGAAAAAAUCCUGCGCAUAAAGUCGUUAUAUGAUUUUUGAAUGAUUGUCUCAUUGGUAGGGCAUCUUCGA